AUGGCAAUCCAAACAGAGCAACUGGUCACGCGCCCUUUCAGCGAAAUCAUUGAGCGAGGUAACGAAGCUAUCGCGCAGGCUGAGGAUGUCGCCGACGAAGAUGAGGAUGUGAGCUGGAGGAUGCUCAAAGCGGGGCAGGCCCUCGUCAAGGAGGGUGAGAGAGCUAUGAAAAGACUAGCCCCCAUGGUUAAGGAUCAGACGCCCGAGUUUGGUGAUGCGCUCAAAGAUCUAAUGACACGAGACGGCGAGGUCAAGGAGAAACAGCGAGCCUUGGAUGGCAUGCUUUACGACUUUGAGGAUUAUAUCGAGGUUGACUCUUUCGACGAGGCCAAAUUCAAGGAGCUCCAGGCUGCUGCGAAGUCUCUUGCGCUCACGAUAAUGGAAGCAGUCAGAGGAAUGGUCAUCGAGCCGACCAAGGAGCUGCCACGGCCGACCGUUUUCCCCCCGCUACCCCCUCUCCCUCGAACAGCGCGCACCGGUUCUCAAUCAUCCAAGACGUCAACCCAUCCAGUACGACCUGCAACAUCGGUACCCAGCAAGGAGUCUCAACAACAUUCCCUCUGGCCGAAUAAGCAAUCUUCCACAAAGGGCACGAGAGUCAGGUCGGGUUCGACUGGGGCAUCUAACGCACCAAUACCUAGCAGUCCAGAGGCCUGGCCUCGACCGCCUACGAGCCCACAGGCUGCUCCGUCACCCCAAGCCGAUCGUGACUCUGGUCGUUUCGACUUCGGUGUCGACCCGCGGACGACACAAUGGGCUCAACAGCCACUGGCACCCCCUCCUGUGCCUCGGUCUGUCCCUUCUCAGCCUAUGCCUCAUGCGAUACCGCCGCAACACUUUGGUCAUGCAAUCGUCCUACCAAACCGAGCCCAGGCUUCACCUUCACCAACACUAUCAUCCCGAGCUUCCCCACCUCAAGUGCUGCCUCUACAGUCAAUACCCUCGGGGCCUGAUUACCUUCGAGCUGAGAUGGAAAGAAUUCGCCUCGCCGCAGAACCUAUGAGCCCGGUCGAGAGGCGGCUAGGCGUCCAUCUGGCGCACCUAUCCUCCUCCCCUGAACCCCUGGCGGCGUCUCUGGCCUCGGCAUGGGCCACAACUAUGGUGACCACGGGCCAACAUCGCACCCCGAUCGACACGCGAGAUGCCAGGGUACCGAGCCUUUCGGAGCGCGAGAACAAGUCCAUUCUGAUUGAAGAAUGGGCGUCAUCAGACAGGUCAACAAUUCCAGAUACCACAUCCACCAUAGGCAACCCGUCGUGGAAAGUAGUUGAUCUGGUCAUCGGACCCGAUAGUUCCUUCUAUGAGAGGAAGGGGUUCUGUAAGGGGGCGAAAACCUUUAGAGAAAGUGGACCUGGUGAUGCUGUCAAGAAGGUUGGUGGUGCAGGAGAUGUGCCGAAACCUACGCCGUACACGCAGGAUAUUCUGUACGGACACAUGUUCAGCGCACCGCCCCCAGUAUUCGCAGACGCCAAGGCGCAAUGCAUGCACUGCGAGUAUGAGCACAAAUACAGCCAGUUGCUGCAGGAUACUGACAAGGAGUCUAUUGCCGAUCUCCAAGGCGAAGGCAUCCGUUACCGUCGUCGAUUCCUCUACAAGUCGCAUAUGGCGACCAGGCACAUGACCAAGACAUCCUAUGGAUGCCCGUUCUGUGUUCACAUUGGCUCAACGACCUACGAAGGCGACGCCACCGUCUUCCCGUCCGCCGCCCUUCUCCUGCGUCAUCUUGCCCGCCACCCGCAACCGCUACCCGACGUCCCCGGCUUGACUGUCUUGUAUGGCACCAUCACUGGCGAGCCUAACGAGCACGACUUUGACAUACACUUUCCCAACCCUGCCGCUCCACCAGGCGGGCCUCCAGAUGGCGGAGCGUCGCUGCCGUCGGCCGUCGCUACACGUGAUCAUGUCCAGAUGCCAGAUGAGAAGCCCCUUGCCCGGCCUGAGCCCGGCACAGAAGUCCUCCAGUUCUUUGCAGGAGCGCGGAUAAUCGGCGUUGAAUUCCCAGAACGCUGGGGCGGCAAGUGGUGUCUCGGGUGGCACGAUGGCAUGUUUGGUGCUUUCCAGGCUCGAUGGGUACAGCUCGAGGCACCGCGAAGGGGCAAGCUGGCGGGACAGGCGCCACCGCGUACGCAACGAAGUGGCGUUGCUAGGUGGAAAUGGGAUGUCAAGGCCGGAAAUGGGCCUGGCUGGUUAGGCUUUGACAAGGGAGAGACCAUCACAAAUCUAGACUGGGACGAUCCAGACGCUUGGUACUGGGUCGGUACUACCAGCAAGGGUAAACAUGGCAUCUUCCCGACUUCUCAUAUGAAGAUCGAGACCAUCAAGGACGGUUCGCUGGAGGGAUUGACCUCGCCAGUCAAGCCCAAGAAGAGAGGCUUUUUCGGUUUGGGCAGACGCAACAGCAGUGCCGCUCCAUCGGAACAUGGAUCUGGCCAUUCCCACAAGUCAUAG